AUGCUCAUCUCAUCUCAUCUCAUCUCACCAAUGAAGGAACAGAAAGAGGUGAAAGAAAAAACAAAAGAUCUGGAGGCAGAUGAUGUCUACCAUUCGAUACAGGGAGACGUGAAGCAGGACUCUGGAUAUUUUUCCAGAUUUAUAGACUCCUUUAAACCUAUGCCGUCUGAUGAAAACGAUAGUGAUAUGGAUACAGGCUUGACGGAUGCCCAGAGAACUGCCAUUAAGACGGCCAGAAAUCCAAUGAAACAGAAACUAAAGUCCCGCCAUUUACAGUUAAUUACCAUUGGUGGCUCCAUUGGAACAGGUUUGUUUAUAGGAACAGGUUCUGCACUGCAUACUGGUGGACCGGCCGCUGUGCUUAUUGCUUGGACUUUGACCGGAACCAUGUUAUACUGCACAAUUCAAGCUUUGGGCGAACUAGCAUCCACGUUUCCCAGAGUUCUUGGUGGGUUCAACACUUACACCUCUCGUUUCGUGGACCCGGCCCUUGGAUUUGCCGUAUCGUGGAACUACAUGCUGCAAUGGUUGGUGUUGCUACCCUUGGAGUUGGUAGCUUCAUCAAUGACCAUCAAAUAUUGGAAUACUUCAGUUCACCCCGAUAUCUGGGUUGCCAUUUUCUAUGUAUUUAUUGUCGUUGUCAAUCUAUUUGGAGUGAAAGGCUACGCUGAAGUGGAAUGUGCGUUUUCAUUAUUGAAAAUCAUUGCCAUUGUUGGUUUCAUUAUUUUGGGUAUAGUGUUGUGUGCUGGAGGUGCCCCCAAUGGCUUGAAUAACGGAGCAAAAUACUAUUAUGACCCGGGAGCAUUUGCAGCUGGCUUCAAAGGUGUCUGUUCGACGUUUAUAACCUCAGCAUUCUCCCUAGCUGGAACUGAGUUUAUUGGAUUGACGGCAACAGAGACAUUGAACCCAAGAAAGACCCUCCCCAGUGCUACAAAGCAAGUUUUCUGGAGAAUUCUGCUGUUUUACAUGGUUUCACUGACUAUCAUUACAUUUUUGGUUCCUUCGAACGAUCCAAGACUUCUCGGGGCUUCCUCAGACGCCAGCGUUUCUCCAUUUGCUAUGGCUAUCGAAGCUGGAGGAAUAUCCGGACUCCCAUCGGUAAUAAACGCAGUUAUUUUAAUCUCCAUCUUGGGAGUUGCCAAUACCUCUGUGUAUGCCACUUCUAGAGUGUUAUUGGGCCUUAGUGCCUCUGGACAUGCACCAAAGAUACUAAGUUUUGUUGACCGGGCCGGAAGACCAAUGGCUGCCACCGCCGUGACCCUAGUGUUUGGCCUUCUGGCCUUCAUUGCCGCUUCUGAAAAAGAAGAUGAAGUCUUCACUUGGUUAUUGAGUAUUUCCGGUAUGAGUGCCAUUUUCACGUGGUUAUUGAUCUGCUUUUCACACAUCCGAUUCCGUUCAGCCCUCAAGGCCCAAGGUCACAACGUGGAAGACCUCACUUUCGUCUCUCAAUCGGGAGUCAUAGGCUCCUGGUACGGAGUGGGCGUUAAUGUGCUGAUCUUUGUAGUGACCUUCUGGGUUGCUCUAUUUCCCAUUGGAGAAAGAGCCAAUGUUGAGUCAUUCUUCGAGAGCUAUUUGGGUUUCGUUGUCUUCUGGGCCUGCUAUUUUGGAUACAAAUUGUGGAGAAAAGACUUCUCUUUCUCGUUCGUCCCCGUGGAGACCAUGGAUAUCCAGAGCGGACGCGUCGACAUGGACGUUGAACUCUUAAAGGAGGAAAUCCGUCAAGAAAAGGAGUUUAUCAGAAGCCAGCCGUUUUACUACCGAACUUACAAGUUCUGGUGUUAA